GCCAUUGUGCUGAUGGCAAGAGAGACUUUCAUGUUUCCUCCUUGAUUUCAGUGGACUGUGCUUAGAAUAAAUGUGUCUCCUCUCUCUGUCGUGUUUUUGGUUGGUGUAGUUUUGCCUUUGCCCAAGCUAAUAAUGACAGAGUUGGGCUCUGGAUAUUUUUCCUGGCACUUUUCUUAAAGCAGUUGUAGGUGCUUCAGAGGCAUUGGGAAGCUUGCUUUGUUCUGAGGUGAGAAUGGAGCAAAUAAUUUCUGACCGUGUGCUUUGGUUCAAGCAGGUGUAGCACUAGCUGGAGGUUCUAGCAGUGUCUUCUGGCCUUGUCCAGGUGUUGCACAGCAGCAGCUGAUUGCAGUGCUCCUGGAGCUGCAUCACAUGGCAGCUGAGCAGAAGAGGCAAUUGGGACCACCUGAGGACAUGGCCCUGACCACAGGGGAGGCGUAUCUUUCUGGAAGAAGGGAAAAAGCCUGCUGGAGCUGCGGUGUGAUGGGGACCAGCGAUGCCCAAGCCUGGAGCAGCAGAGCAGGCAGCUGGGGAGAUUGCUGUGGAGAGCCUCUGGAAGCUGGCUGGCUGCAGACUGGAAUUCAAAGUGCUGGGCUGCUAAGAGCCAGCAGCUCCCUCCCCGUGGGCUGGGUGCCCUUCCAGCCUGCUGGAGAUCAUGGCUGGGACAGGAGCAGCACGAGGCUCAGGAGAGGGUUGAGGUACAAGCUAGGUGGGUAUACACGUGGCUGUGCACAUUCUCCUGCCUGGUCUCAGCUGUCUGACCUGUCCCAGGAAGGAGGCAGAGGCUCAGCCCAGCACUCUGGGCAGCAGGUGAGUGCUCCCUGGCAGCAGCUGAAAUACAGCCACCCCUCCCAUGGUCAGUAUAGGCAGAUUAAAUGCCUGGUGAGCAGCAUCACUGGUCUGAAAAUCUUACUGCUGGUAGGAAAUGUCUCUGUCAAAUGCAUUUUGAUUAGAAAGUGCUGAUUUGUUCCCUAUAGGAAACAUCUGCUUUGGCAGAACUCAUUACUGGAGUUCCUCAAGUCCAGGAUAGCCUCUCUGGUCAAGCAUUCCACCUCCUGAAGUUCGAUCUCUGCUGCCCUUCUUCUCUGGGCUUGCAUUUCCAACUUUACCAAAAGGGAUGAAAGUAAAUGUAGACCCUUGCAUUUGCAUACAGGGUGAAACUGACUUCCCAGUAACAAUCCCAACCUGAAGCUGUCACCAAGGCUCCAUUUCUUGCUAGUGUGAGACGAGACAGUGUGCAGAAUAAGGGCUGCCUUGCUGAGAGCAGGUCUGCUGGGGCACAGCACUGGUUUCUUUCAGGAGAAAUGAGGGGAGUGCUAUUGUCCUCCACUGCCAGCUGCAGGGGAUAGUUCUGCUUGCUCUCCUGACAAGCCAUAGCCAGAAAACAUUGCUGGCUUACAAAGCAGGUGAGUGCCAGAUGCAGGUUUCUGCCUCAGGCACACUGGACAGUCCAGUGUGAGGCUUGUGGCUCAGCUGCACCAGAAACAAUGAGUUCAGCUAAGUUUGAUUUCUGUGCUGAAUAAAUGGGCAGAAGACUUUCUUCCUUCUUUCCAAAGUAUCAGCUCUGGUCUUGUGGCUGCAAUGCAGGCUGCAUAGCUGGCACUUACCUUUCAGGCUUUGUCCCAUGCUUGUUCUCUGGAGGUCUCCAGAUUCCACUAAAGGUAAAAGUGGGAGAGCCCCAGCUCCUGCUUUGGAGCUUCUGGCACAAAUCUGAGCAGCUGAGGAAGCAGAGGGGACAGCAUACAGCUCUCACUGCAGAGUUCAUUGCAACCCCAGAACAAGCUUCAAAGCAUGGGGGACUGUAGCUGCAGCCAGGGGUGGGGUGAGCUUUAAAAGGUCCUUUGCAGCUUCUGAUUUGGGCCCGUUUUCUUCUGCAGAAAGAACAAAACUGAUGAAGAUGUUCCAGGAAAAGAUCCAGAACAACUUGUGUCAUCUCAUGACGCAGAUGUGACUGCAAAAUGGAAAAGGUGCUCUUCCCUUCCCCUAUUAAAAGUAUUUUAGAAAUAAA